AUGCUCUUCACCGUCACUCUCCUUGGGCUUGCUGCUUCUGCGGCAGUGAAUGAAAAGCGCCAGCUCAUUGGCGCCCCUGUAGUCCAGCUCGACACAGCAACCGUGACUGGGUCGACGCUUCUCGGCAUUGACUCAUUCAAUGGCAUUCCGUUCGCUCAACCUCCUGUUGGUAACCUCCGCCUGCGCCCACCUCAGCCCAUUGCCCGCAAUUUGGGCGCCGUUGCAGCCGUGGGCAUUGCCAAAUCUUGCCCUCAAGUAUUCCAGAGUAGCGAUCUGAACAAGCUGCCUCCUGGUGUUGUCCAGACGCUGAUCAAUACGCCACUUGUGAACGCCGCUUCCCAACAGUCUGAAGAUUGUCUGACAUUGAAUAUCCAAAGGCCUUCUGGUACCAAAGCAGGCGACAAACUUCCGGUCUUCUUUUUCAUCUACGGGGGUGGCUUCGGAUUCGGAGGCACAAACACAUACGACGCGUCCGGCAUCAUCAGGGCCUCCUUGCCAUCGGGUCCAGUGAUCUUUGUCGCUGCCAACUAUAGACUCGACGCUUGGGGCUUUUUGGCAGGCAAAGAGGUACUCAGGGACGGUGCCUCCAAUUUGGGUCUGCUCGACCAGCGGCUUGCGCUUCAAUGGGUUGCAGACAACAUUGCCAAAUUUGGUGGCGAUCCUUCAAAGGUCACUAUCGGAGGUGAAUCUGCAGGUGCUAUCAGCGUAUUUGACCAGAUGGCUCUGUAUGGUGGAAACAACACGUACAAGGGCAAGGCUCUUUUCCGUGGAGCGAUCAUGGAUUCCGGCUCCGUUGUUCCGACGGAUCCCGUUGAUGGUGUCAAGGGUCAAUCCAUCUACUCUCAAGUUGUCAAUGCAGCUGGCUGCGCUGGGGCGUCAAACACCUUGCAGUGCUUGCGUGAGGUGCCCUAUGAUACGUUCUUGCGUGCGGCGUCAUCAGUGCCUGGUAUAUUCGAUUACCAAUCUGUGGCACUCAGCUACCUCCCCAGGCCUGAUGGCGUCGUAUUGCCAGAUUCACCUGCCAAACUUGCUCAACGAGGACGUUACGCCAAGGUGCCACUGAUCAUUGGCGACCAGGAGGAUGAAGGUACACUCUUCUCUCUUGUGCAAAACAACAUCACGACAUCGGAGCAAAUUUCGGAUUACCUGCAAAAGUACUUCUUCCUCGAUGCUCCUCGCUCGACGAUCGAUGCACUUGUGGCUUCCUACCCAGAUGACCCUUCCGCUGGCUCGCCCUUCCGCACUGGGCCUCUCAACAACUUCUACCCACAGUACAAGCGGCUCGCUGCUUUGCUUGGUGAUGCCGUCUUUACGCUCACUCGACGAGUAUUCUUAGAGUACACCUCGAAGACUGUGCCCAACACUUGGAGUUAUCUUUCUUCUUACUUCUAUGGCACUCCUCUCUUGGGCACAUUCCACGCAAGUGACAUCCUUGCCUUGUUCUACGCGCCUGGCUACCCACAAGCGACCAUUCAACGCUACUACAUCAACUUCAUCAACAACCUCGACCCCAAUGUCGGUGCUACGCCCGCGUUGCAAUGGCCUUCGUGGACCAAGACCCAGCAGCUGCUCAACAUUGAAGCCUUCUCGAGCAAGCUCAUCCCAGACACCUUCCGACCUGCAAGCGCUGCUGUCCUGCGCAACAACGUCAACUCCUUCAACAUCUAG